AUGAUGUACGACUACCACUUCCAUAUGCAUCAACUGCAUCAUCAAAUGCAACAUCCACUGGCAGCUCAGCUGCCACCGUUUUUACCAAUGAUGGAUGGGAAUCCACUGGGAGCAUCGUUUCCGGCACCUGUGCCUGCUCCUGUACCAGCUCCUGUGCCUGCACCUGUUUCUGCUCCCGUUCCUACUCCUGUGCCUGCUCCAGUACCUGUUCCUACUGCUGUCUCUGCUCCCACGCCUACAUCGGCGCCUGAGCAACGUGGUCAACGAGCAGAGGGAUUUCAUCCGCAGAGGUAUCGGAAUCGAAGCACUGACAGCAGUUUCUCAAACAAAUCAAGGAAACGACCAGAUGUUAAUUGA